CCAUUGUCACUUAAAAACCGCCGCUGGACGCCAUCUCUUUCUUCCUCCUUCUCUAUCAUCACUCGUCUGUGAUUCCGCUGCUACCCGACCCGGUUUUCUCCCUUUCCAGGUCAGUUCCUUUUCUCGCCGCCAUGAUUGUUUCAGACUCCGAUUCGGCUACCCCAUUGUCCAAUUCUCGCCAAGCCGAUCAAUCGGCCUCUGGUUGUAACCCCUGCCACACUCAAUCGUCCCAGCCGUCGCUGUCGGUCGUGCCUGGCCAAAAACGGCACCGAUUAAGGAAGCAAUUCCCUUCCUCAACCCCGGUAGAUAAGGGCUCGAGGGUUAGAUUGGACGAAAACAUCAUGGCGCUGUGCCAUUGCCAAAUUACUGACCGGGGGUUCGCCGAUGCUACAGAUAUGGUUGGACCUUCCAUCGAGGUCCUGAGACCUACUAGCACCCAAACCGCCCUAGACGCUCCUUCAGGGUUCUUCACGGUCCACCUGGUGUCUUUAAGGAAGGGGCUGCGCUUCUCACUCCAUUCGUUGCUGAUCGAAUUCCUCAACGUAGUGGACCUCCUUCCUUGCCAGUUGGUCCCCAACUCUCAUCGGUACAUCGCCGGUUAUCUGGUUCGGUGCAAGGAUGUAGGGGUGAAGCCAACCUUGGACAAUUUCUUAUUUACCUUCAAGCUGACCAAGGGCCAUAAGGAUUGGGCGUCCUAUGCCAGCCUUUCCCAGAGGUCCUGUAAACUCUUCGCCAGUGACAAGAAUGGGUCAACCAAAGACUGGAAGCCUUUCUUUGUUUUUGUUUUGACGGGGCCCGAAUCUCCUUUCACAGGUUCUAGGUGCCCUUCUUUCCGUCGCGUCCCAUGCCCCCCGCCUGAUGCCACCCUUUUGUCCAUCACUCGCCAACUAUGCAACAAGGGAGUCAUGAACAUCAAAGAGGUGGUGACAGAGGAAACCCUUUCCGGGUUGGGGUUUGAGUUCGUCCAGGAUGAGCUUCGUCAUCAACCUGACCUGCUGAGGGACAUUCCCGGGGGGUACCAGCCUGACCAGCUGAAGGACAUUCCUGAGGAAGGUCUUGAUUGUGGUCCCUUUGUGACCUACGAGGUGGAGACCGGGGGUCGCUCGACGAGGCUCUGCAUUCCUCCUCCGCCCCAAAGUCUAGGGGACGUGCAGCUAGAGACCCUGAUCACUCUGCCCGCAGAGGACCAAGCCCGCAUUUCUGCUGGUUCUGAGGACAACCUUGACAACAUGGUCCUCUUAAGGCUAAGCCAGGCCACGUUAGGGAUGACUGAGGUGGUCGGCAGGAAACGGAGCCGACAAGCUGCCUUAGAUGAAGCGAUGAGGGCAGCGGAGGCCAAGCAGAAGGAGUUGCAAGAAGAGGUCGCCCGCCUUACAAGGGAGCUGGAGGAGAAAGAGAGUCGUUGUGCCACGCUCGUUGUGGAGAAAGCUUCCCAGGAGGAUCGUUGCAUCACUCUUGAGGCGGACAAGGUCUCCUUGUCCUUAGAGGUAGAAUCCGUCUCUGCUCGCGUCGUCGAGCUGGAAAGGGAGAAGUCCGACCUGAUCCAGCAACUGGAGAUGGAGAGGAGCGACUGGGUCCGCCACGCAGAGGAAGCAGUAGAAUCCUUUAAGUCCUCUCCUGAUUUUACAACGGUCGCUCUGGAGUGGAUGGAUAAGGUGACAGCUGAGUGGCUCAAAACUGAACCUAGGGCCCAAUGGAUGGUCAAUGAGGGGAUCAAGUCCUUCACUUGUGGACUCUUUCGUGCCCAACAAGUCUUCCGUGACAGGCUAGCUCAGCUCCCCAAAGGAUUCUCUCUCCCCGACCUUGGCUUUCCCCCUCCCUGUCGCUCCUUGGCCGAGGUUGUCACCUGUUUGGUGACAAACUCUCUCCGUUCUGAAGAAAGGAAACGUUUCUUCUCCUUGACCGGCUUGUGGGUUGGGUCUACUGCCAACCUAUGGUAGAUGAUCUUUGGGUCGACCCCGGGAAUAUCUGCUGGGCCCCAAGCGAACAGCACCUUGAAUGCUUGGAUGACCUCCAACAGUUGUUUCUUUAACCUAGGCGGUAAAGUUUUACCU